AUUAACUCAUGCUGCCAUCUGUUGUCAGAAUAUAUAAUUAUCCAUAUACUGUUUGUUACGUGAAAUAGAUGAAUAUUGUCGACGUGUUUAUGACGUGUUUUAAAGUGAAAAUAUUUAUAUUUAUUAUAGAUUGCGUGCAUUUAUAAAAGAAAAUUAUGACGUCAUAAAGAUUACAAAUUUGCGGGAGUUGUUACGUUUUCGUUGUAUACAGUAUCAUAACACACUUGGACACGUAGCUCACACGAUUCACGAUUCACCUGUUUUUAAGUUGUUUCUUAGGUAACAUGUUUGAGGCACGUCUUGUAGAAGGAGCCUUAUUAAAGAAGGUUUUAGAAGCCAUCAAAGAUCUAAUUAAUGAAGCAACAUGGGACUGUGCAGCUACUGGUAUCAGUCUACAAGCUAUGGAUAAUUCUCACGUUAGUUUAGUGUCGCUAAAUUUAAGAAGUGAUGGAUUUGAUAAAUUUAGAUGCGAUAGAAAUCUCUCACUUGGAAUGAACUUGACCAGCAUGUCAAAAAUUUUGAGAUGUGCCAGUAAUGACGACAUCAUUACAAUCAAAGCUCAAGACGAUGCUGAUUCAGUCACUUUUAUCUUUGAAGCAUCAAAUCAGGAAAAAGUGUCUGAUUAUGAAAUGAAGUUGAUGAAUAUAGAUACAGAACACUUGGGAAUUCCUGAUACAGAAUAUAGUGUAACUAUAGAUAUGCCAUCUGUAGAAUUUCAAAGAAUCUGUAGAGAUUUAAGCCAGAUUGGUGAUUCAGUAACAAUUAGUUGUACAAAGGAUGGAGUAAAAUUUUCAGCCAGUGGUGAUUUGGGUUCUGGAAAUAUCAAAUUAUCUCAAACUGCAAAUGUGGAUAAAGAGGAGGAAGCUGUAAUUAUUAAUAUGCAGGAACCAGUUUCUUUAACUUUUGCAUUGAGAUAUUUGAUCUCAUUUACAAAAGCCACACCACUUUCCAAUAAAGUACAGUUGAAUAUUUCAGCUGAUGUUCCAUUAGUUGUGGAAUACAAAAUUGAAGAUAAAGGUUUUAUAAGAUAUUAUUUAGCACCAAAAAUUGAAGAUGCAGAUGAUUAAUUAUUGGCAUCAACAUAUUGUACAAACAUAACUCUUAAAAUGCUUUUUAUGUAAUGAAUCAAUAUUUCUUUAAAAGAAAUUUUUAUAUUUAUGCAUUUUCAGAAAAUUAUUCCUAUAUCAAAAUUUAAUGUUUAAUAUUUUAAUGUUUAAAAAUUAUCAUAAAUGAUAUAAAAAUUUUAUUUUACUUUGAAAAACAAUGAAAUCUAAGAAGAUUUUGCAUGAAUCCAGGUUUUAAAAUAAUUAACUGGAUCAAAUAUUUAUAUAAUUUCCAGAAAUAAAUGAAAACAUUUUUUAUUUUUCUA